AUGAAUACUCUUCCAUUAGGUCGUUACGUUUUCGAGAGAUUAAAACAAAUUGGUAUCAACACUAUUUUUGGUUUACCAGGUGACUUCAAUCUAGUUCUUCUAGAUAAAAUUUAUGAAGUUCCAGGCAUGAGAUGGGCCGGUAAUGCUAAUGAAUUAAACGCUUCUUAUGCAGCAGAUGGUUAUGCUAGAAUUAAAGGCAUGGGUGUCCUUCUAACUACUUUUGGUGUUGGUGAAUUAUCUGCUCUAAAUGGUAUUGCCGGUUCCUAUGCUGAGCAUGUUGGUGUCUUGCAUAUUGUUGGUGUCCCAUCUACCAUAUCACAAGCUAAAAACUUAUUGUUACAUCACACUUUAGGUAACGGCGAUUUUGAUGUUUUCCAUAGAAUGUCUGCUGAAAUCUCUGAAACAACUGAGAUGAUUGUUGAUCCUGCUAAAGCCUGUGACCAAAUUGACAGAUGUAUUAGAACCACUUAUAUCAAACAAAGAACCGUUUACUUAGGCAUUCCAGCCAAUUUCUUUGACAUUGAAGUAUCAGCUGACCGUUUGAAUACCCCAAUUGAUCUUUCCCUACCAAAGAAUGAUCCAGAAGCCGAAAUUGAAGUUAUUGAAACAAUUCUUUCUAUGAUCAAGAAUGCAAAAAACCCGGUCAUUAUCUCUGAUGCUUGCGCUUCUAGACAUGACUGUAAAGAAGAAACUAAGAAAUUGAUCGAUAUUACACAGUUCCCUGCUUUCACUACUCCAAUGGGUAAAGGCUCUAUUGAUGAAACUCAUCCAAGAUAUGGUGGUGUCUAUGUCGGUACAUUAUCUGUUCCAGAUAUCAAGAAAUGUGUCGAGUCUGCUGAUUUAGUCUUGUCCGUUGGUGCCCUAUUGUCAGAUUUUAAUACCGGUUCAUUUUCGUAUUCCUAUCACACCAAAAAUAUUAUUGCAUUUCAUUCUGAUCACAUUAAGAUCAAAAAUGCCAUCUUUUUUGGCGUCCAAAUGAAACCAUUAUUACAAAAGUUAUUGCCAUUUAUUCCAGCAGUUGUCCAAGAGUACCAACCAAUUCCAGUACCUUCACGUCCAAUAUUAGCUGGUGCCGAAGUCAAUGAUCCAUCUGCAGCCUUGACUCAGAAUUGGUUAUGGACUCAUUUAACCGACUUCUUACAGGAAGGUGAUAUCGUUAUCACUGAAACUGGUACAUCCGCAUUUGGGAUCAACUCCACUUUAUUCCCAAAGAAUACUAUCGGUAUCUCUCAAGUCUUAUGGGGUUCCAUUGGUUUUACUGGCGGUGCAGUUUUAGGUGCUGCCUUUGCUGCUGAGGAAUUAGAUCCACACCAAAGAGUCAUGUUAUUCAUUGGUGAUGGUUCUUUACAGCUAACUGUUCAAGAAAUAUCUACCAUAAUUAGAUGGAACUUGAAACCAUAUUUAUUUGUCCUAAACAAUAAUGGUUACACCAUUGAAAAGUUGAUUCAUGGUCCAACAGCCCAAUAUAAUGAAAUCCAACCAUGGAAACACCUAGAAUUAUUGCCAACUUUCGGUGCUGUUGACUAUGAAAAUCAUAGAGUGGCUACAAUCGGUGAAUGGAUUGCGAUAACUCAAGAUAAGGACUUCCAAAAAACUCAAAAAUCAGAAUGA